GUACCGGAGUGCAUCACCACGGGUUUCGUUGAGAGGAUCAACUGUGCCACCUCUAAGAGGGAGGAGUUCAAGAGCUGUCGCUCCGCAGUGAUGGAAGCGCACGUUUUCUGGAGGUUCGUGGGUACCAUGAUGUGUGUUGCUGCUGUCUUCGCGGUGUUGGUGGUGUGU